AUGGCUGGAAGUGACAGCAAACUUGCAGCAAGACUGAAGCUGCAGGAGAGAGGUGGGGAGUUGAUGGUCCUUGGGUCCAGCUCCUGCUGCAGCUGGGAAGUCCCUGGGUUUCUGCUCAGUAGUUCUUCUCCUUUCCAGGUGGUGCAGCGCAUCAAAGCUGUGGAGACAGAGACCCGGUUGCUGGUGGUCGACAAGGAGACGGAUGAGUACCUGUGCAGCCUGCGCCUGACGUGCACCGAGGAGAUGGUGCACAGCGGGAUCCUGCUGAACUCUGGCGUCUCCCCCACCAAGUCAGUGGGCAGCGACAACGGGGAGGUCUGGAAGCCGCAGCUGGAUCUGAGUGGGGGCAGCCUCCAGCGACACUCGCACAGCUUCUCCUCGCAUGGCAGCAGGAAGGAUUUAAACGGACAGAAGGAGCUGUGUCCACGUCUCUGCCACCUGAAGAAAGGCCCCAGUGGCUAUGGCUUCAACCUGCACAGUGAGAAGUCCCGGCCAGGGCAGUUCAUCCGCUCGGUCGACCCCGACUCGCCGGCCUCCAGAGCGGGGCUACGGCCCCAGGACCGGCUGGUGGAGGUGAACGGGAUAAACGUGGAAGGCCUGCGGCACUCGGAGGUGGUGUCCCACAUUAAGUCCCGGGAGAACGAAGCCAGGCUCCUGGUGGUGGACCCCGAAACGGAUGAUUACUUCAAGAAGCUGGGGGUGACCCCCACAGAGGAGCACACCAAAGGUGUGGUACCUCAGCCCUUGACAAACGGAUCCGCACAGACCCAGCUGAAUGGAGGAUCCACAUCUUCAUCUCACAGUGACCUUCAGAGUCCUGGGAAGGAAUCAGAGGAUGGAGAUGCAGAGAAAAAAGACCCAUUUGAGGAGAGCGGGCUGACCCUGAGCCCGACGGCUGCCGAGGCCAAGGAGAAGGUGCGGGCCAAGCGGGUGAAGAAGAGGGCCCCGCAGAUGGACUGGAACAAGAAGCGAGAGAUUUUCAGCAAUUUCUGAGCCUUGUUGGUGGCUGCCGUCCGCUGCUCUCCUGCCCCUGCCCCAGCUCGGACGUUUCUGAGGUGCCUACGCCCUGUCCUUCAGUGUCCACGUGAGAUGCUUUGUGCUCUGCUCUUCACUGGUUGCUUUUACAAGGCGUAUUUUAAAGUCCUUUUUUUUUUUAUUUUUUAUUAUUAUUAUUGUUAUUAUUAUUGUUACUCACCAGCGAUUCUCAUAAGACAAAUGUGACCAAAGCUCCUUUUCUUGCUUGCUCUUCAGCCUGGCUCUGGCUGCCCGCCGUCCCCUGUUCCUAUGAGAAAGGACUGGAAGAGUUUAACUCUCGUUUCUUACCUGCAUAAUUUAGGCUUCUAUUACUUCUUGGUUUUGUUUUUUUUUUUAAUUUGGGGUGUUUGUUUUGUUUUUGCCGGUGUCCCAGACUGAGCCCCGUGGGAUGCUCUGUGUCCCUGUGCAAAUGUCUUACAGCCUCAUGCCCCCACCAUGGUGGGGGCUGCAGGGUGUGGGGUGUACCUGGCACCCCCUCCCCGGCACCCCAUCUGCAGCAUUAAUGGGAGGAUGGACAGUGGCUAUAAAUGGCUUCUGUUGGAUUUGACAUUGAAACGAAAAAGUUUGUUUUGUUGUUCGUGGGGUUUUUUUUAAUGAAGUCCCACAAGUUUCCAGUUAGUUUAGGAACCUCCCGCCCCACCAGUGACUUCCACCCUGGCAAUAGAGGCCGUUUUUCCAUCUGCAACAGCUCUGCAGAGGGGAGAGGGCAGGAUUUAAAAACAAACCCCAAACCCAACAGCCCAAAUACCACAGGCCUCACCAUUUGCAGCCGUUGAUGCAGCACUGAGCAGCAGGGGAAGGCAGGGAGCAGGGCCAGUCCUGCCCUGCGCUGCUGCAGGCUCAGCAAGAAGAUGAGAGCCACAGGAUGCUACAAAAACUCUUUGGCCAGACUCAAAAGAGAGCACAACCCAGGUCUGGUUUUGGGGAGGAAUGUGGGGAUGUGGCUGUAGCUGCAGGCUUGGUGCUGGGGUUUGGCUGGGGCUGUGCUGGGUCCUGGAGCAGGAUCCAGGUCCCACCCACCCAGUUUGUUACUCCUGGGCUGGUGUUUGAUGCCUCCAGCCCAUGAGCAUGACCAAGGCUCACUCUUGCUGUUGGGGGGGCAUCCUCUGAAGCCGUGGGGUCUCUGUGGGGCUGGCUACGACAGGGUGGUGGAGUGGGCAGUUGCUUUGGCUUUCUGUGGCCUCCCUUGAAAACACCCUGCUCAAAAAUGCAUUACGAAUCAAACCUGUGUAAGUUCUUUUAUGACAUGCCUUUGGCUGUACACGAGGGAAGAUGACUAAGCCGAACUACACCACUCUUGGAGGUUGCAGAAGUGUUUUCCCAGGACAGGAUCCUGGCUGUGGUGGGGCUGGCCCCCUCCUCACGCACCAGCAGCUCCCCGAGCCGCAGCAGCUGCCCAGUAUUUCAGCUCAGAUGCCAAGGCAGCAGUGGGAAGAGACUGGGCCCAGCAGGACAGUCGAGUACAAAACCACUUUCCCCAGCUAAAAGCAAAUGGCAGCAAUCCUUUGGCCAUCGAUGACCAUUUUAAAACACCUCGUUGUGGUUUUUGCCCUGCAGCCCUCCAGCACUGUUGUGUUACGAGCCCAGGGCCUCUGUGUUAGUCUGUGCUAUGGUUAUCAUCAUGGCUCUGGGUGUAUUUAAGUAUUGAGCUAAAAGGUGCCUUAUAACAUUUACUGCUCUCCUCAGCAGCGGGCUGGGGCUCAGGGCAUGGGACAGCAGCAGCGGGGCUGGUGCUGUUGGUGGGGAGCAGCUGGUGCCCAUGGCUGUUGGCUGGCUGGCCGAAGAGCAUGGAAAGCCUCAGGGGUGAAGGAGAGGAGUUUGCUCUUUUCUGAAAGUUCUCUUUUUAGGGAUGUUGAUGGGCUGAACAGAUUGAAAUAAUGACUUUGGAGAGGAACCGGUGCAGGUGUGUGGCUGUUGAUGACGAGACUGGCAGUGGGAUGAUGGCUCAGGAUGUGGAGAGGUUUGCCUCCCCUCCAGGACUCUGCCAUUAACAACCCACCUUCCCUCCCCCUCUUCAGAGACAGUUACCUGCUCUCUUUUUGCCCUCCCCCAAAAUAUUUUCUUCUAUACAUCAGUAAUCUUUUGAAGGAGCCCUUCUUUUUCUUGGUAUGCAUAUUGCUUCCCGUGCCCGCAUAGCCAAACCCCAGGCAGUGCCCCGGCCUGCACAGGGCAGAGCGUUCCCUGCAACACUGACCCAAACGUCACACUCUCCGAUGCAUGUCAGAGAGCAAAGACCCCUUUGUAAAUACCCCAUUUCUCAUACAAAACUCGACCACUGUAGUUGAGGGGGUAAAAAAACCAAACAUGUAGUUUUGAAUGCAGGUCAAAAGAAAUCAGGUAUGCAAAUCUGUAUUGAUAAGAUUUUUAAAUCUUAAUCUCUGCUUAGUCCAUGGAAACUGCUCCUGGUUAAAGCACUUACCGUAUUUCUGACAUCUUGUAGCUCAGUAGUAAUUAUUCAGUUCCUGUACAUUUAACUUGGAAAAAAA